AUUUAUUAUGUGAAUUUCCAAGCUUGUGAUUUCUUUAUAUGGUAGCAAAUUACUGGAAAACAUUCGCAUCAAGGGACACUAUCGAGUACAAGGGUUAUUGCUGCGGAAGAUAUAGUUGAACCAUGAUGUCUAUAGGAGGGUCGUUCUUCUUCUAAUUUUCCACACUGCUUCAAGUCAGAAUGUCGUCUUCAUGCAACAAAAUGACAACAGAAUAAAUCAUCACAACGAUUUAGAUGGAAAUCUCGAAGCAAAGCAUAACAGCAGGACGAUUUGCUUUUGCGUCCUAUUAUAAUGAUCACAUGGUCCUGCAACAGGCCCCCCAGAAAGCAGUAAUCUGGGGCUAUUAUCCUGAUGCUGGUUACCGUCUUAUUGUUAAGGUUCAUGGCAUGGAGAAGGUUUAUUCUGCUGUUGUAAACCCUGGUCCAACUGCAGAUGAAGGCAUAUGGUCUAUAACGCUAGAUCCCAUUCCAGCAGGUGGGCCCUAUACCAUUAAUGUGUUCUCAGAGUCAACGGUAAUUUCCAUCACUGAUGUCUUGUUUGGUGAUGUGUGGAUCUGCUCUGGCCAGUCUAAUAUGCAGUUCACAACAUACCAGAUAUUUAAUGCAUCAGAAGAACUGGCAGCUUCAAGUAAAUAUACAGCCAUCCGACUUUUCACUGUGGCCGAGACAUACUCACCCACUCCUUUGACAGACUUAGCAAAAGUUGAAGAGCAGUGGUCUCUCCCAAACAGCACCACAGUAGGACAAGGACCUUGGACUCAUUUUUCUGCUGUUUGCUGGUUGUAUGGUAAACUACUGUUUGAAGAGCUUGGAUAUCCUAUUGGUUUAAUUGACACCAACUGGGGAGGAACACCUGUGGAAGCAUGGUCUUCACCUGAUGCAUUAGCCAAGUGUGGAUUACGCUUUGACAGCCAUUCUGUAAGCCAUGCAAAGCCCAAGAGAAAAUACACACCAUUAGAAGGCCCAUAUGACCUAUCUCAGCUGUGGAAUGCCAUGGUUAACCCUUUGCUGAAAAUGACCAUCUAUGGCGCCAUUUGGUAUCAAGGUGAGGCAGACUCUGCUGAGCCCAAGAUGCAUAUGUACAAUUGUACUUUUCCUGCUAUGAUUGAUGACUGGCGGGCAAAGUUUAGUGCACAGUCUGGCCAGACUGACCCUGGUUUUCCAUUUGGUUUUGUACAGCUGGCACCAAACAAUCCAGUAAGUCAGGACAUUCGGGUUGGCUUUCCUGAUGUGCGCUGGCACCAGACAGCCGACUAUGGCUAUGUGCCAAAUUCGCGGAUGAAAAAUGUCUUCAUGGCAGUAGCCCUUGACUUGCCAGACUUUGACUCACCUGAUGGCAGCAUUCAUCCUCGUGACAAGCAGGAUGUGGCCUAUCGUCUGCUCCUGUCAGGUCUGGCAGUUGCUUACAAUAAGACCUCUGGUGUCUACAAUGGACCACUCCCUGCAGCAGUUUCCCAGAGUGGAGGCUCUGUUACUCUUAACUAUGGCAGUGAAUGGCAGCUUCAGAUAGCCAACAAUGAGGGAUUUGAGGUUUGCUGUUCUAACAAUCCCUUAGGCUCGUGCAAGUACCAAGACCCUGGAUGGACCGAGGCUCCAGUUAUCUCCAGCACUUCUGUUGCUGUUGUUUUGAAUGGGACAGUCUGCAGUUCAGAAAAGUACAUUAUCGGAAUCCGCUAUGCUUGGCGAGAAUCUCCCUUCGAGUUCAAAAAGGGCACGAUUUAUUCCAUUGCAAAUGCCCUUCCAGCUCCACCUUUCAUCAGCUUCAAACCUCAAAAUGCAGGAAGCACCUUUACAUAUACCUUUGACUGGUCUAAGCCAACUAUUCUUCCAUGAAUUGUGUUGCAAUAGUAGGCCUCGAUAUGCUCAGAUUUUGUUAACCAUUAUUUUGGCUGUGAAUAUGAAGCUAUUCUAAGUAUUAAACUGCUUUGGGACAGACUUUUCCUUGUGAGCACUUCUGAAAAUAGCUAUACCACAUUUUGACCUUACAUUCUGUCAGGUUAUGGAAACUACUCCAGCUAAGUAAGCUAACAGGUGGUUUAUUGUCUAUUGAAUGAGAUAUCUUGUUUUUUCUCUUGAUAUUUAGGUGUGAUUCAUGCAAAUAUUGUUCAUAUUUUUUAUUAUUGUUUAUAAUAUUAUAUUAACUUCACAAAUAAUAUUCAUUUGUUCAGAAUGUUAAAGGCUCUUUUUCAUUUGAAGGGGCUUUAAAUCAAAUUGGUUGCUUGGCAGCUUAAGAAAAUACGGAGUGUUUUAAGCUUUGUUAAAGAGUAUUUACAAUAUAUUAUAUAUUUAUGGCAGAUACGUUGUUGAAUACAUUCUAUAAAAAAUUCUAACUUUGAUAAGAAAUAUUCAAGAUUUUGUUCGAUGAGUGACAUAUGCAAUAUGUACUAGUUUGUUUUGCUCCGUUUUAUUUCUUAACCAGUGGAUGAUUCUUUUUCUAGACUGUUAAUAUUAUUGUUAUCAGUUCUGCUUGUAUGUGUCCUUUGUGUUCACAAUAAUUUUGUCUGAAACCACACCACGCCAGUGGAAUCAGUUCUGUGCUUCCUAAAAGAUCAUUUAGUACAGGUUUUAUAUCUAUACUGUAUAUAGAUAAGGCUUUUAGUUUGUAUAGUGUUUGACUACCAGCUGUAGCAAAGUCACCAUCUUGGGAGUUGAUGCCAAGUGGAAGAGCUAAGUAUUUACUAAUAAAUUUGCAUUGUGAUACUAUUUACAAGAAUUUCCAUUGACUAAAAGUAGUAUAGAAAAGUAAGCCCAAAAAAACAACCACGAACCUGUUUGAUCAGAAUGUUUAUCACAGAUAGCCUCUAGGGAUAUAACAACCAUUUCAAAGUAGAUCCUCCUCAUAUACGAAAUACAGAGAUAGUCCUUUGCUUCAUUGUUACUCACUACUUCUUGAAGGUUCAUGGGUUGGAUCUCGCGAAAAACAGUAGCCUUACAUGUAUCUUUAACUUAAUACUGUGGAAGCUGAUAAAUCCUAAAGAAAACAAAGCAUGUUUUAGGUUACUGACCACAAUUUUAGACUAUGAUUUACUGUGGUGAACAAGUUUAUGGAAUGUAUUCACUUAAUUUUCUUUUUCUUGCUCACAUUUUGUGUGUGUGGCCGGGUAUCUAUGCACAAAACAAUAUUUUUUUAAAAAAUGGUAUAUAUUUUUAUUUAGUGACCAAUGAUUAUUUUGUAUGUGAAAAUUUUGGACUAAUAACUUUAGUACACUUUGUUAAAUUAAUAAAAAAUUCUGAAAAAAAUUA